CAACCGGAUAAAUAAUGACCGAGUUUCAUAAAUUUGAUGGGCGUGUUUCCUCAUCUUCAUCCAUUCCUAAUCCUUGCUUGGCCACUUUGCGCAUUUCAAUUCUUCUUUCGGUUUUUUCCUGUUUUGGGAAAUUGCAUAAUAUUCUCCUUCUGUUCUUGCAUUUCAUCUACUGUGCCACGCGUUAUACGUAAACGAAAUACGGGGGAACGAGUGAAAGAAGAAGAAGAAGAAGAAGAAUGGUGAUUAUAAACCUUGGGAAGAAGAAGAGCGAGAGAGAAGGAAUGCGACUUGGGAAAUACGAGUUGGGUAGGACUCUUGGUGAGGGCAAUUUUGGCAAAGUCAAGUUCGCUAGGAACACUGAUUCUGGCCAAGCUUUUGCUGUUAAGAUCAUUGAGAAGAAUAAGAUCGUUGAUCUCAACAUCACCAAUCAGAUAAAGAGGGAAAUAGCCACCUUAAAGCUCCUCCGGCAUCCCAACGUUGUUAGAUUAUAUGAGGUCUUGGCUAGCAAAACAAAAAUUUAUAUGGUACUUGAGUACGUGAAUGGAGGGGAGUUAUUUGACAUAAUUGCAUCCAAAGGUAAACUUACCGAAGGAGAAUGUAGAAAGCUGUUCCAACAGUUAAUUGAUGGGGUGAGCUACUGCCACACUAAAGGUGUCUUCCACAGGGAUCUCAAGCUUGAGAAUGUACUAGUGGAUAAUAAAGGGAACAUAAAAGUAACUGAUUUUGGUCUUAGUGCUUUACCCCAGCAUCUUAGGGAAGAUGGACUGCUGCAUACAACUUGUGGAAGUCCCAAUUAUGUAGCACCAGAGGUUCUUGCUAACAAGGGCUAUGAUGGUGCAACAUCAGAUACAUGGUCAUGUGGUGUUAUAUUGUAUGUAAGCCUAACAGGAUACUUACCUUUUGAUGAUAGAAAUCUUGUAGUUCUCUAUCAGAAGAUUUUUAAAGGAGAUGCUCAGAUACCAAAAUGGCUAUCACCGGGUGCACAAAAUAUGAUAAGGAGAAUUCUUGAUCCUAACCCCGAAACACGGAUAACAAUGGCUGGGAUUAAAGAAGACCCAUGGUUCAAGAAGGGUUAUAUUCCAGCAAAUCCUGAGGAUGAGGAUGUACAUGUUGACAAUGAAGCCUUUUCCUCCCAUGAAGAACCAAAUGAAGCAGAACAGAGGAAUUCAGGAUCACCAACCCUAAUCAAUGCAUUUCAAUUGAUAGGGAUGUCUUCAUGCUUAGACCUCUCUGGCUUUUUUGAGAAAGAGGAUGUUUCUGAGAGAAAGAUAAGAUUUGCAUCAAUUCUUUCGGUUAAAGAUCUGAUCGAUAGGAUUGAAGAUACUGUGACAGAAAUGGAAUUUAGAGUCGAGAAGAAAAAUGGCAAAUUGAAAGUGAUGCGAGAGAACAAGGUGCACAAAACUCUCGGCUGCCUCUCAGUGGUAGUAGAGGUGUUUGAAAUAAGUCCAUCAUUGUAUGUAGUAGAAUUAAGGAAGUCGUAUGGAGAUGGUUCUGUGUAUAAACAGUUAUGCAAGAAAUUAUUGAAUGAUUUGGGUGUUCCCCCCAAGCAAGGGCUAGUGAGAUCAGCAGCAAAUUAGAAGCCACAUUAUGUGUAGGCUAUUUUCUGUUUUUUUGCUCAGGUGGAUAGCUACGCAGAUGAUAUAAAAACCAAUUGUAAAUGCAUUAUAGUUAAAGAGUAGAGAAAUGCACACAUGUUAGACAAUGAUGGCACCAAUUUUGAAUUGAGGAAUCCAUCAUCUCGAAGAUGGCUUCUCCAUGUCUAGUGAACUGUGAACCUGAAAGGCAGUUUGUCUUGCUUGGCUUCAGUUUUUUCCAGGGCCUUGUAACAUGUCAUGGAAGUUUACCUCUGAACCGAACCAUCAAAAUGGGAAUGAAUAAAACUGGAUAAUUGAUAAA